AUGGCGUCCCCUGCAGGCAACAUCACCUUCGAUGACUACCUCGGCCUGACGGCCUGCCUGUUCGAGUGGGCCGACUCCUACGACUCCAAGGACUGGGACCGUCUCCGCAAGUGCAUCGCCCCAGAGCUCCGCGUACGUCCCCCCUCCACCCAUCUCCCCCAAUCCAUCACUACCUACCCAACUCCCGCCCUCGCGCCCCCCCUGCGCCCCUCCCACAACCCCAACCCCGUCUCCUCGCUCCUCAGUCGCCCGGUGGAGGAGGACGACGACCAAUCUCAAACUCACAUCCCGCACCAGAUCGACUACCGCUCCUUCCUCGACAAGAUCUGGGAGGCCAUGCCGGCCGAGGAGUUCAUCGCCAUGAUCAGCGACAAGGCCGUGCUCGGCAACCCGCUGCUGAAGACGCAGCACUUCAUCGGCGGCACGCGCUGGGAGAAGGUCUCCGACACGGAGGUCAUCGGGCACCACCAGCUGCGCGUGCCGCACCAGAAGUACACGGACGCGACCCGCAAGACGGUCGCCGUCAAGGGCCAUGCGCACAGCUACAACAUGCACUGGUACAAGAAGGUCAACGGCGUGUGGAAGUUUGCCGGGCUCAACCCCGAGAUCCGCUGGUCCGAGUACGACUUCGAGGCCGUGUUUGCUGAUGGCCGCGACUCCUUCGGCGAGGACGAGAAGAACGAUGUCAAGGUUGUGGAGAAGGAGCUCAAGUCUGCGGUGGCUCACUAA